AUGCAGGUAGUGAAAGAGCUUAUAUCAUCCUUGGAUAUCAUAGACUCCACAGACAAUAACGGCAACACAGCAUUACACGUAGCUGCUCACAGAGGCCAGUUAGCUGUGGUUGAAGCUCUAAUUCUUGCAUUUGUAGCCAUCAUUGGAAACAUUCAUUCUGAUUUGGUGGAGCAACUGAUGAGAGUCCGAUCAAUUGAUGUGAAUCUCCGUGAUUUAAAUGGCAUGACCCCACUUGAUCUUCUCAGGCAACGGCCACGUUCUGCAUCGUCUGAUAUACUAACAAGACAGCUAAUUUCAGCUGGAGGAAUCUUCAGUUGCCAGGACUAUACUGCAAGAAAAACCAUUGCUUCCCACUUGAGAAUGAGAAGUAUUGGAAGGCCCGGCACUUCUUUCAGAAUCUCUGACACGGAAAUAUUCUUGCAUACGGGAAUUGAAAAUGCUUCGGAAGCUAGUGGUAGUGCAGGACCGAACUCAUCUACCGAUUUGAGUCAACACGACUCAACUGUUGAAAACCAUAAUGCAUCGAAUCCAACUACUCAUAAGAAACAAGCUUCUGUAAAUUAUGCAGCACAGCGUUUGAAACGCCUGCUCCAUUGGCCCAAGAUGAAAGAAAGAAAGAACGACAAGAUCAAGAAAAUGGUGGAAAGAAAUUCAGCAAGUAAUUUGGAUGAAACUCCAAUUCCACUCCGACAGGGAUUUUCAAAGCCCUCAUCGCUUCCCAACAACAAGCGAACACUUUCAGUAAGAAGUAACGUUCCGAGUCCUGCAAAGAAGAAAUUUGCUUCUGGAAUAGUUCAAGGUGUUAUGCAGGCCAUGCCACAUCUUGCUGUUCCACGUCGAUCACGUUCAAGUUCAUUCUCGAAAUCAUCAGUAUCCUCAUCCAAUUCGGAUAAACAAAAGGGUGUCUAUAAUGAGAGUGAUAUUGCAGGACCGAGUCGAAUAUCUGGUGAUGGAUCGCCAUAUUUGAUUCGCAAGCAAUGGUCAACUAAUAAGAGUUUGAUGAACCAGUACCUUUCCUUUGGUGGACCGAGCCUAUCUCUGAAAGACCAAACUGGACGGCAAGAGCCAGACCAGAAUUACAAGCGUUCAGUUGUAUCAGCGGCUUGA